UGUGAUAUUUAGAAUGCCACCUAAAAAAAAUGAAAAACACGUUAAUAAUAAAACAAUACUUCUGGGCCGGCCUGGUAGUAGCUUGAAGGUUGGUAUUGUUGGUCUUCCUAAUGUAGGCAAGUCAACACUUUUUAACGUGCUUUCAAAAAAAUCUGUACCAGCUGAGAAUCGUCCAUUUUGCACAAUUGAUCCAAACACAGCUGACAUAAAUAUACCAGAUGAAAGGUUUGAUAAACUUGUCCAGAUUGAAAAACCAGCAUCUAUCGUUCCCGCACAAGUUCAUAUUUGUGACAUUGCAGGCCUUGUACGAGGGGCCAGUGGAGGAGAGGGUCUUGGAAAUAACUUUCUCUCACAUAUUAGCUUUUGCGAUGGAAUUAUUCAUAUGGUGCGUGUUUUUGACGACAUAGAAAUUACUCACGUGGAGGGAGAUUUAGACCCAAUUCGAGAUUUAGAGAUUAUUUUUUCAGAACUGGUUCUGAAAGAUCUUCAAAUUGUUAAUGGCUUGAUUGAUAAGUUGACUCCAAUUGUUAACAGAGGGCUUGAUAAGUCAAAGAAAGGGGAUCUUGAAACUUUGCUAAAGGUCAAGUCAUUUUUGGAGGAGGGGAAACAGAUUCGCUGUUGUCAAUGGAAUGGAAAAGAAAUCGAUUUUCUGAACACAAUUCAGCUGUUAACAGCUAAACCUGCCAUGUUCUUAAUUAAUAUGUCAGAAAACGAUUUUGUUCGUCAGCGCAAUAAGUGGUUGAAGAAGUUAAAGGAUUGGAUUGACGAGCAAACAGCUGAACCGAUGAUUCCAUUUUCAGCUGAACUUGAGACUGAGUUUCUUUCUAUGACACCGGAAGAGAUUACAAAGUAUUGUGAGGAAAAGAAAACCAAAUCCCAAUUGCCAAAGAUCAUUAAGACUGCAUAUAGCAUUAUUAACUUAAUUCAUUACUUCACAGCAGGUUCCGAUGAGGUGAAGUGUUGGACAAUUCAGCGCGGCACCAAAGCUCCACAGGCAGCUGGUAGGAUUCAUUCUGAUAUGGAAAAGGGAUUUAUUUGUGCUGAUGUUAUUGAAUGGGAGGACUUUAAUCGCCUUGAAAGUGAAGCUGUGUGCCGAGAAGAAGGAAAACAGCAUCAACAAGGCCGUAAUUAUGAAGUUCAAGAUGGUGAUAUCAUCUUUUUCAAGUUUAAUACGUCGAAGGCCAGUAAGAAGUAAUUUUAUUCAUUUAUGAAUUUAACAUAAAAGUAUUAACAGUAGUGAAUAAGUAAUUAAUAUGUCAUUCAAAUCGCUUUUAUGGAAGAGAAUCACAUAUACCUAAAAUUUUAGCGACAAGGAGCUUGACUCAAACGCAAA